AUGCUGGAGACUAAGCCACCAAUCACGCCGAUAAUAUCCAAAAACCCAAGAGAUAGAUAUCUUGCGGAUUUGGUGGAUCUAAGGCGUUAUUCAGAACGAAAUUCUGGAUAUUCUUGGGUAUUUAUUAGCAGUAUUAAAUCUCAGAUUCUAGUUGUUAUCGACUCUUUUUCAAAGUUUGCAAUGGUUGAAGUUGCAACUUCAAAAAACUCAGAAGAAAUUGUAAAUCUUAUCGGGAAAAUCUUUUAUACGAAUGGUCCUCCCCUCAUACUGCAUACAGAUAAUGGAAAAGAGUUUAAAAACUCAAAAAUGGUUAAGUUUUGUGAGGAUUUUGGGACCAAACAUGUUUUUGGGCGUCCUCGUGCACCAUGGGUUCAGGGACAAGUUGAAAGGUAUAAUUUUAGUAUUCAUUCAAUAGAUUUAAUCAGUCGAUUAAAAGAUGGUUGUCUUCAACAAGUGCGUCAGAAGGAACAUUUGGGAGUUACAGUCUGUAACAGCAAAAAGGAAUAUUCUUAA